GCAACGGGUGGAUCUUCUUUCGAGUGUCCAAACUGAGGAAGACAAGUUUAGGUGUGUAGGAUAGUGGUGUUUGAUAUUUUCUAGAGCUGAUAUUUUUUAGUCUCACUUUGUUUCUUUUUCAUCUUACAUGUCGCCACAUGAGAGAGGUCGCAUUCGCUAGUAUUUUCAGACCGGAUUUGUUGACGCACGAUAAUGCUCCCGAUCAUGCUCACUUUUUUUGCAACUUUAGUCGGCUAGAAUUUUCCGUAAACCACUAAAAAGAUGAUAAACCGCGCAACCCCGAAUCUGCUUCCAGCUGGGCAUACGUCCCCAGCGGGCUAUAGCGCUGGCGCAAUGACUACGCGUAUUGGAGCUGGGACAGCGACUGCUACCGCGCUACCGCAGAAGAAAGCCCGGAUUUCGCAAUUUGAUUUGCUGUGGAAGGUGGCGAACGAAUACUGGACGGAGGAGAACUUUUUGCUCCAGUUCGAAUUUUUUCAACAACAGGAAGGAACUAAUAAUAGCAAUCUUCAAGCGCCGCCAACAGCACUCAACACGAAAGCUGCCUUUGGCACGACUUCUAGCAAGCAGCCUCUGUUGAACAACAAUCAGAACAAUGCGGCAACAAGUAGGAUAAGAACGACCAAGGACCAGUCUACCGAGCUCGGGGAGGCCAACACUCGGCCCUGCGUUUACCACCGGUUUUCCCACUCGCUUGCGUGGGAGGUUCUUCUGCCAGUGGUACUAGCGUCUACUCCAUCUGCAAGUUUGAUGAAGACAACCUCAUUUCCCCUCAACACACGACCGGAAGUUCUUUCAUCUGUUACAACUACUGCGAGUGGUGGUUUCCAGAAUAGGAGAAAAUCUUCCGGUGGUGGAUCAGCAUUCAAUAAGUCAGGAUUGUCCUCGAGUACUAGUAGUGAUGCGAACAGUACUGUAACACUGCAGCCGCAGGAGUUCUCCGCUUUGGCCACGGGCCCGACGAGGAGUUUCGCGAAAGCCGCAGCGGUGCGGAAUUUAUUGCAGCAGUUGAAUUUUGGCGACCUUGUGGACCUCGAGUUUGAGAAGGGGUUGAAAAAAGAACUUCUCGCGGUAAUGGAGUUUCUCCGGGCGUUUGUCCGUGUCGUGCAGAACAGUGAACAGACGGAGAGCGAGAAGGUGGGAGAGUUUUUGAAUCUCUUGGAAAAACUAAAAUCCCGGUUGACUGCUGCUGCGGCGCUUGUUGUAUUGCCGUCUUCAACGAUAAUAUCGAAGGACGGAGAAGGAGAGCCGGCCGGGAAUGCAGCGAAGAGACGAAGAACGGAGAAUUGGGGAGCUGCUAUUAGUACUACUGGGGCGACCUC